AUGACUUCCAGCCUCUUUCUCACAGCUUCCGAAUCUUUUAUACGUAUCUUUCAUUUUAACUUGCAUUCUUGCUGCUCUUGCCUUUUUCCUUCGAUCGCUUUCUUUUUGUCUUUUUUCUUCCUGCUUUUCCAUUGUUUUUCAUUUUUGUUAUGCAUUAUUUCUUCUUCUUCUUCUAUUCCCUUCUUUCCUUUCAAUCUUCUUUCAUAUCAUUUUUAUGUCUUCUUCUUCAUCAUGUCUUCUUCUUCUUCUUCUUCUUCUUCUGUUUGUCUUUUUCUUUACUUCUAUAAUCCUGUUGCCGCUUUUCCAUUCAUUUUUCUUUUUUCAUUUUAUUCUUUCUUAAUUUUUUCUUUUCCUUCUUCUUUCCACCCUUUUCCUUAUUUUUCUAUUUCUAUACCCUUCGCGUCUUUCCUGUUUUCCAUUUCAUUCAUUCAUAAUUCCUCCUCCUCCUCCUUCUUCUUCUUUUUCUUCUUCUUUCGUUCUUUUCAAUUUCCUUACUUUUGUACUCCUUUUCCCUUCUUUAUUUUCACUUUUCUUUCGUUUCAUUCUUCUUCUUCUUCUUCUUCUUCUUCUUCUUCUUCUUUCGUUCUUUUCAUUUCCCUUACUUUUGUACUCCUUUUCCUUUCUUUACUUUCACUUUUCUUUCGUUUCAUUUUUCAUCAUCAUCAUCAUCAUCACCUUCUUCUUCUUCUUCUUCUUCUUCUUCUUCUUCUUAUUCUUCUUCUUCUUCUUCUUCUUCUUCUUCUGUCUUUUCCUUAUUCAUUUUCCUUUUCCCUUUUUCAUUUCUCUUUCUUUUCUUCUUCUUCUUCUUCUUCUUCUUCUUCUUCUUCUUCUUCUUCUUCUUCUUCUUCUUCUUCUUUCGUUCUUUUCAUUUCCCUUACUUUUGUACUCCUUUUCCUUUCUUUACUUUCACUUUUCUUUCGUUUCAUUUUUCAUCAUCAUCAUCAUCAUCAUCACCUUCUUCUUCUUCUUCUUCUUCUUCUUCUUCUUCUUCUUCUUCUUCAUAAUUCCUUCUCCUCCUCCUCCUCCUCCUCCUCUCCCUUCUUCUUUUCCUCCUUUUCUUUACUUUUUUUUACUCUUAUUCCCUUCUUUCUUUCCCUACUAAUUUCCUUUGCUUUCUCCUUCAAUCACAAUAAAGUUCCUCUCCCGCCACUUCUCAUUUCUCCUUAUCGUCUGUUUUGGCUCUUUUCCCUUCCUUUCAUUUCCCCUAUUCACACCUAUCGAUUACAACACUUCUAUAAAUCCGUCGCUUUCUUAUUUUUCUCCAUUUUCUCUUUCUAUCUUUAUUUUGAUUCUCUUUCACUUUCUCAUCUGUCAUUUCUCUCUUUAUUCUCCAUAUCUGCCUCCUUCUCUCUCUCUCUCUCUCUCUCUCUCUCUCUCUCUCUCUCUCUCUCUCUCACAAUGUAG